CGCGCAGUCCGCGCGAGUCGACGCUUCCCGCCAAAACUUGAAUUUCGAACGCGACUUUUCAUAACUUUUUUUAAUCGCGUGUUCACGGCCAGUGUCAAUAUAGUUUUUUUAUUAAUGUGCAUCGGAUCUACUUCGCAUGUGAUGUUGUGAAUAAUGUGAAUAACAGUAGUGUUACAAAGUACAAUCGAUAGAUUCUUUGUGUUCUUACAUUUUAUAAGGAUGGGGAACUUUGACAGGACGAGUUGGUUUUAUACGAUAUUUAAAAUGGAGGUCACAACGUGGCUGUCAUUACUGUUAGCAGUUUUAGCAUUAGGAACCACAGCAUCAGCAAGCGAGCCCCGCGUGGUAUGUUACUACACAAACUGGUCGGUGUACCGACCCGGCACAGCCAAGUUCAACCCCCAGAACAUCAACCCCUACCUUUGCACACAUCUUGUAUACGCCUUCGGAGGAUUCACCAAGGACAACACGCUAAAGCCUUUUGAUAAAUACCAGGAUAUUGAGAAAGGUGGUUAUGCCAAAUUCACUGGUUUAAAGACUUACAACAAGAACUUGAAGACGAUGCUGGCUAUCGGCGGAUGGAACGAGGGCUCCACCAGGUUCUCUCCCAUGGUCGGCUCCAGGGAAAGGAGAAAGGAGUUCGUCAGGAACGCUAUCAAGUUCCUCAGACAGAACCGCUUCGACGGCCUGGACCUGGAUUGGGAGUACCCAGCAUUCCGUGACGGAGGAAAACCGAAGGACAGGGAGAACUACGCCAAGCUGGUGAAGGAGCUUCGGGAAGAGUUUGAGAGAGAAGCAGAGAAGACUGGCAAGCCUAGACUACUGCUUACCAUGGCUGUACCAGCGGGUAUCGAGUACAUACAGAAGGGAUUCGAUGUGAAGACGCUUAACCAGUAUUUGGACUGGAUGAACCUGUUAUCGUACGACUACCACUCCGCCUUUGAGCCCGCAGUGAACCACCACGCGCCUCUCUAUCCACUGGAAGAACCCAACGAGUACAGCGUCGACAACGAACUUAACAUUGAUUACACAAUCAAGUUCUAUAUAGAAAGUGGCGCAGAUCCUUCGAAGCUGGUCCUCGGUAUACCCACGUACGGUCGCUCCUACACUCUGUUCAACCCUGAUGCUGUGGAAAUCGGAUCACCAGCUGACGGCCCUGGAGAACAAGGAGAUGCUACAAGGGAGAAGGGAUAUUUAGCUUAUUAUGAGAUCUGCGAAGCCCUCAAACCUAAAGCGAAGAAGCGUCAGACAUCAGAAGAAGAUUCCGAGGAGUAUGAUGAUGAGGAGGAAGAGCAAUGGACGGUGAUGCAUCCCAACCCUGACGCCAUGGGUCCCGUGGCCUACAAGGGUAACCAGUGGGUGGGCUACGAUGAUGUGGACAUUGUCAGGAAGAAGGCUGAAUACGUUGCAGAAAAUGGCCUUGGAGGUAUUAUGUUCUGGUCUAUCGACAACGACGACUUCCGCGGCGCGUGUCACGAUAAGCCCUACCCGCUCAUUGAAGCUGCCAAGGAAUCUUAUUUCGCUAAACUUGGAUCUACUGACAACGCCAUCACGGAGAGGGCUUUGACCCGCACCACCACCAGAAGGAGGAGCAGACCAAGGAGCACUACCACCACGACCACAACCACUAGCACAACUCCUAAACCUGCUUCCAAGAGCAACCGUCGUAAGACAAGUACCAGCGUGACUAGCACCACUCCAGCUUGGAACAUCAUCACUCCGGAGCCACCCACCACUCCUGACCCAGGAUCAGACUUCAAGUGUGUCGACGAAGGCUUCUACCCUCACCCUCGUGACUGUAAGAAGUACUUCUGGUGUCUCGACUCCGGACCUUCCAACCUUGGCAUUGUGGCUCAUCAGUUUACCUGUCCCUCUGGUCUAUACUUCAACAAGGCGGCUGACUCUUGUGACUUUGCUCGCAAUGUGCUCUGCAAGAACAAGGACCCUCCUGCUAAAGCGUCGACCACUCGAGCCCCCACCACUAAGGCUGCUACCACUACCACCACCACAACGACCACUACCACUACAACCAGACGACCCAUCAGACUGAGCACCAAGAGCUCCUCACUCUUCAGAACUACUUCGACUACUACUCCUGAACCUGUGGAAGAAGAAUAUGAAGACGAAUCACUCGAAGAGCCGACAGACGAGGACGCAGAAGAUCCGAGGGUCAUUAAGGAACUGAUCGAUCUCAUCAAGAAAGUUGGUGGUAUCGAACAGCUAGAGAAGCAACUUGGCUAUGGUGAGAACAACCAAGCUAGUACCGACGGUGCCAUCACGACAACUCCUUCGCCAUUCAAGAAGAAGCUGUACCAGAAGGUGUUGGAGAGGACUCGUGGCAGAAAUAGGUUUACCGGACCAAACAGCAUUCUAGAAAAUUCUGGUCAAAACAGCCGUGGUGGACCUCAAAACGCUGGCAUUGAACCUUCCAAUGAUAAGGACAAGCUAUUAAGAAAGGAUCGACCACAGUAUACCACGAUCAAUCGCCAACGAGGCAAAGGUACAACUGAAGCCACUCCUGAAAGUGAGGAGGCUGAAGAGGAACAAGAAGAAGUGCAGCAGGUCUUCAGAGCCAAGUCAGUGGAGACUGAGACCAGGGUCGGAACUACUGCUAAGCCAUUGCAAUAUGUGAACAUCAGGAGAGCUAGACCAACCACAUCAGAUACUGCUGACGAUACGGCUUCAAGAAAUGCUCUAUUUGAACGCUCGGAGCCUCUAGUGACAGUAUCUGACACAUCAAACUCACUAGACAUAAUUAGCGCGAGACGGGAAAACACUCCGGAGUAUGUAACCAUUAGAAGACAGCGACCGACUACUGAGGAAACUACCACUAUCCAAUACUCAAAUUCUGAAGAAGAAGAAGAACAGCAAGAGACAGCUUUAGAAAGAGAAAUAUCUGCACAACCUCAGUACACUUCUAUUGUACGAUCUCGUGCUACCACCCGUCCCGAAGAAGAGCCUAGCUCUGAAUCCCCUACACUUAGAGUACGUUCCACCACCGUAGCUAUCGAGGAAACCAGUAGCCCUGACCCCACUACCGUCCUAGCUGUUCAAAUAUCCUCCUUACUUAACUCUCCGAGUUCUGAAGUCGAAACUCCCGAGACUGAAUCACCAGCGCCAACGACUGUAGUUGAAACGACAACGACUACCACCACGACAACCACUCAAGCACCUCCCAGUCCCAGCACUCGUCGUACUCUGAUCAGACGACGAGGCUCCACCACUACACCAGCAAGUACUGCCGCACCAUCAAGCACUACCCAGGUGAGUCCCAGGAAUUAUUCUUUCGUGACCCGCCGACGACCAUUGCCAAGGCCAAACGAAAUAUCUUCGGAUUCAGACGAUUCUGCUGACGUAUCGCGUAAAAUUAGAUCUACCACUCCUGAUAGUCGUGAAGUAGAUGAUGGUACACCUAGGGUUACCGGCUCUAGAAGGUUCAGAAGUAGAUUCCAACUAUCGCAAAAUGCACGAAGCGAUGAUUCGAUUCCUGCCGCUGCUUCUCCCGUUUCCAGAGGCCAAUUUAAACCACAAAUUUUGAACCCGGAUGAAGUUAUUUCUUUGACUCCUAUUGAUAUCGAACCACAAUUUGUUCCAAGGCAGGUUUCCAGCUUUAGUUCUAGAGCUGAUAGGCGUUUCCGUAGACCUACCCCAAGCCCUGUUUCUGAUGUUAUCCCCGAUAGUGAAAGUUCUGCUGCUACGCUUGAAACUAGGCGACCAAAUCUUUUGCCUCGUGGUCGCAGUCGAUUUACAAUAAGCUCUACAACAGAGUCUACUGCUCAGCCAGUUUCGUCCUUUGCUCAAAGAAGACCAACUUUUGCACGAUUUACGCCACGACCUUUUACCCGAUCGACAUCAGUGCCUAGUGAAGUUGAUGAAAAUGAGGAAAACAUUGAUACACCAGAAGAAAUUUCUACUCAAAGGAUUGCACCACGUCUACCAUUUGGUAGAUCUAGGCCAUCACCUUCAGCUUCACCUAACAUAGUAGCCAGAAAGUUACCGUUCCCAUCUCGUCAAUCUACUACGCAACAAACUUUGUCUAAUGACGACGAUGAUGAUGAGCCGGAAAACCGUAACGAUGAUAUUUUGCUAUCUGAAAGUGCACGAGAAGAAAAAGAACAUGAAGAGAGUGAGGUGGAAGAAGAAGCACCCAAACGUCGAGUUAUUGUGAAAAAACUGAGAGCACCUGGUGCGAAUGAUGGAACUGUUUCAACCGAAACAAUACCUAGCGAAGAUGGUAAAAAGAGAUUUAGAGUAAUAAGACGUAGACCUACAUCAACAACAUUAGCUCCAGAAACCGUUCCAUCAACUGUAGUAUCGACUGGACCUAGUCCUCAGAGAAUACGCAAGAUUAUUCGUAAAAAAAUAAAACCUAGCGAAGAAGAACCAGAAAUUACAGCUAAAGCUGUCGAUUCUCUGAGCACGUUUAGAAGUUCAACUACCGAAGAAUUUAACUACGGCGAGAAAACUCGAUCGACUACUACAACUACUGAAAGUGUAACAGAGCCAAUUAUUGAAGAAGUAACUGAAUUUUAUAAAAAGAAGAAAAUUAAAGUAGAGUUGCAGAGUGAAAAUGUUGAGAUUACAACAGAAGUUACUCCAAAAACAACUGAAUCUGUAAUUGAAGAAACUACAACAGCUGUUGAAACAAAUACUAAUGGUCAAACGGACGCAAACAAAAAUGAAGAAAGCGUAACAGUCACCGAUGCAUCAGAUGCUCAAUCUGAAACUGAAACUAAGCCUACGGAAGAAAAUAAAGAAAACACUGUGCCUAAAGCUGAAAAAGAUGUGGAGUCCGAAAGUAAACCUGAAAAUCAACCAGACGUAACAGUAAUAUCUGAAGGCAAGACUAUAAACAUUUCUGAAAACAAAGAAACAACAAACACUGAAUCGUCUGUUACGGAAACUGAGAAUCCACAAACAGAAACCACUACAGUAAGCACAACUGUUUCUACUUCACCAUCAGGCAGAACUAGGCUACCAUAUAGGCCACGUAAGAAAUUAUACACACCAUCCACAGAACCCACAGUUGCAUCAACUAGUAGAGUUUUCAGCCGUAAAUAUAAUCCUGGUGUUUACACAAGUCCGGCAACGGCCGACAGGCCUUCAUUCAGGCCGAGUGGAACAACAAGAAGACCAUUCUCUUCGAAAUUGUUUACUAGGCGACCUUUUACUCCAAGAACCACUCAAAGAGUGGAAGAAGAUGAAGAAGAUUACAACGACGAAGAAGUGUUGGAUGAAGAACCGGAACCAGAAAACCCAUUCGUUUUCGUGCCACCAAACCAAUUGUUCACAAGGAAACCUGAUUCCGAAGAAGAAGGCGAAGAAGUUGCAAAUUCUGAGGAGCUUUUGGACGAGGAAGAAGAAGGACCUUAUGACGAAGAAGCUGAAGAUGAAGAUACUCCAUCAAGAUUUGCUCUCACUACGAGACGACCAGGCUUCAGACCUCGUGUCGUUAACUCAAAUACAUUCAGAGCCUCUACAUCGACUACAGAACUGCCAAGGAGAUUCCCAAGUUCUCAAAACAGAACCGGUGUCACAACCAGGUUUAGCAAUAAACCAGCGGUUGACGGCAAAAAGCGAGUACAAAAUGUACCACCUGGUUAUAACUCUCCAGUUAGUGCACCUAGACCUAAAGGUCUUGCUAGCAAAAAUGAAACGCAAGAAGCUGAAAAAGAAUCGAAGGAUAUAACAACCACAACUGGUGCAGCCUCUGAUGGAGAAACCACUACAACAUUUGAUGACGAUUAUCUCACGGUGACUUCUACUAUAUCGACCGACGGUAAGGACGCAACAAGUUCUGAAGAUGUAUCCACAACGAACACUAUACAAAUGGAAACUGCAACUUAUCAAAUGGAAAUUGAUGAUAGUACUGAUGAUUACUUGGAAAGUACAGACACUACCACAAAUCUACCUACUACACAAGAUGGUACUACUAACUCCCAAACUGAAGCUGAAAUCAAAACAACAAUCGUACAAAACACUCCAGUUUACACUGUACCGAAUACAGAAAUUAUUACUGAACCAGUGCCCACAACUGUUGACAUUACAACCACGACUGAGUCUAGCCCACCACCAACACCCAUCAUUAAAACACAAUUCAACAAGCUAUUCUCAGUCAGUAGAGUCGUAGAAGUCAAUUCUAAAAUAGACAAACACCACUUGAACAAGAACAACGAAACGACACUCAUUGAAGAAGGAAAAAUCAUGGUCGAAAAGAAACCAGUUGUCGAUAAAAUUGGAGAAGUUAGCAGAUUCAGUCUUAUCAAAAUAGUUGAAGAUGAAAUCCCGAUCUAUUUGACUAAAUUCGGUCACGUAUACCCUGUUGAACAUCCACCUGAAAAUAUUAUACGGAUUGAUGAAGCUAGAAAUGCAAGGGCUUUAGUCGAUACCUAUCCUGACGCUCCUAAAGAAAACCUUGUUGCGUCCGAAAGUAUUAAUGAAGCUUACAGACAUGUCAAGAAGGUUUCCAAUGUUAAAGGUGAAGUCAAAAGUCAUGUGGAACAUUUACCAAAUGAUGAUUUCUUAAGUUACGUAAAUGAAGAAAAUAGAACUGAUAAAGAAGAAGGUACUCCAUUCUCUUCAUGGCAAUUCGUUCCUGCGGCAUAUGAGAAUGAACAAAUUAGAAGUGCAAAAAGUUUUGAAAUUGUAACACCGCGAUCAAUGCUAACUAAUCCGUCCACUUUACCUUUAGAAGGACUGUUUAAGACUGAGAACCCACUUAUGGCACGAAAAGUAGGCGAUGACAAGAACCAACCAUUUGUUGUUUAUUCUGCACCAGUAUCUAGCCAGCAAGAGGAAGCUAACAUAGUUAAAGUGUCGGUGUUAAAACCUGAGUCUGGUCGUAGCAUUUUGACGUUUGCAAAGGGCCAAGAAUUUAACGGAGGGUCUGCUGAUGAAGUGGCUACCAUCAAAUACCCUGUUAAUAUUUCAGUUAUUCCUCAAACCACGGAAAGUACAACAGCGUCUCCUUCUACACCUACACCUACUCUAUCAACUGACGUUUCAUUGACAAGUACCACAACGACCACAUCAACGGAAAAUCCUUCAAGUCCCAUUAUAGAUUUACUUUCAACAACAAUUUCUAGUACACAAGUUCCGACGACGAUAUCAACAGAAGCACCUAACUCUGUAGUUACAAUGGAAACGGUGCCUGAAGAAACAACCACCGCGAAAGCAUCUCCUUUGGAUGCCAAACGUGCCAAGUUUGCAUUCCCAAGAAGACAAAUCUUAAAAUCCUCAAACUUUACACGACCGAGUAUUGUCCCAAGAACUGUUAAGAAAAUCAAUGCAACUGUAGUAUCCAAUUUGAACCAGAAAGCUAACAAAACUGCUUUCAGUCCGAGCAAAUCGCGUUUCAGUGCAAACAGAGUUCAAAACGUACCCGUAGAUCUUAAGAAGAAGCCUAACACUCCCAAAGUAGCCAUUAAAACUUUUACCACAACAAGAACAUAUACAACAGAAAGUCCAAAGACCACGACAGAAAGAAAAAUAUAUUUCAAACCAAUCAGACCUAACUUUAGACCCGCGUUUGUACCACGAAAAACGACAACACCACCCGUCACCACCGGAGACACCUAAAUUUCGAAUUAAUCUAGUUCUAACUAGAUUUAAGCGGCUCCCACUAGUAGGAUCCGGUUUCCCUGGCCAUAAAAACAAGAAUGACUGAUGAUAUUAUUUUAAUAAUUGGGUUUUUAAUCUGCAAGCAAAUCGUCUGAGACGGAAAUAUUACGUUUUGCAGUUUUCAAAUUAUCAUUCGUUUAUCUUCCAAGACAUUUUAUUUUACAAGAUAAUAUUGAAGAUAAUACUCUAUUUUUAUACUGAUGGGAUAACUUGUAUAUAUACAUAGGAACACAACAUCAUUAUAGUCAUAUUUCUUAGACAUUUUAAUAGCUUUAAUAAUAUUCUAGGUUUUAAUGAAAGUUUUAUUGUACCAAAUAAUUGUAUUUAUUAGUUCGUUUUGGUAGAAGAGACUUUCACCUUACAAAUGUCAUAGGUUAUGAUUAGAAUACAUUUAUUUAAAGGUUCUAUUAUUAUAUUAAUAAUUAUUAAUCGUUACCAUUAAAUGUACAUAUGGAUGGUUAGCAUUGGGAUGUUUUAUGUAAUAAUGUGAAUGAAAUAUUGUAACAUUCAAGAAAAGGUUUGUAAUAAAGUUUAAG